AUGGAUUGUCUAAUGCGGGCUGUUGUUCACAAGAGGAUUAGAGGCCCGUUUAGACUUAUGUCUGCAAUUAAUUUUUACUAGGGAGAUCUAGGCACAACACUGAUUCCAGAUUUUCGCUUUCCUAGAUAUCGUGCGUUAGACGAAGCUGCUAUGAUUGAUGGAACUUUUCGUUCAACAUUGGAAGAUUUCGAAGACAAGCGUUCUAUUACUAGCGCUCAAUCAUGUAAUUCGGUACACGCCACAAACAUUCCUUGGUCUUCAUAUAUAUCGUUGGCAAGUGUUUGUUCUUCACAACGUCUUCGUGGCGGUGAUUUAGCGAAUUCUGAACAGGUUAAGCAGUCAUCGUAUUUGCGUACGACACCGACUGUACAUCGUACAAGCAUUCCGCAACCAUAUCCGUACUAUCACUGUCAACAGCCGCGAAUUACCGUUAAUUCGGCAGUGAUCAGUGAAACAACGCCAAACGGUCGUAGGGAGACGCCUAAAGGCGGAAAUGGUAAAAUUGUUGGAUUCAGCGGUUCACCAAAUGCCAUCACUGAUGAGAUAUCGCUAACUCAAGUGUCGAAGUUAGACGAUUCUGGUAAAGUGCCGCUUAUACAACGAUACUGCCCUUCGAGCGGAUCGAGUUAUUCGCAAAAGAUUGGAAAAAGUAUUUCAUUAGAUACUCCUGUUACUGUAGCCCAUGUCUGA